AUUCCUAGACAAUUCGAGUUUUCUGUCCGGUGUGUGCAUUUCUUGUUUGCGUGUUCUUGUAAACAUGGUGAUAAUUUAAUCGUUUGCAAUAAUUUAUAAACACACAAGUAUGGAAGUAAAAACAAUUCGAGACAAUAGAAGAGACAAAGAACACGUUUGUCUCAUCAUGUGACUCGCAAAACGCGUAUCUCGCGUAAGAAGACACACUUAUGUGUAUUUACUCUUGCAACUUCAUAUAUUUUGGUUUCCAGACACAUGUUGCAUUACAAUUUUCCAAAACCAUAUGUAGCAUAUAUAUAUUGGGGAUACGAUAAAUAAAUAAUACCAAAAAAUGGCAUAUGCCGGUAAAGUGUCAAACAACGCAAGGGGUAGGCAGAACGAACAAUAUGAGUUUUCAGAGGAAAGCGAGGUCGUGGAUACGACCGGCUUAGACGUGUUGUACACGUCCAAGAUGGAUCGUGCGAGGACGACCGAUAAUAAUGAGAAUGUAGAAAAAAAGUUGCAGUCGCUGAAACAUUUGUUGGAGAAAGAUCCGAGAGCCGCCGAUUUGAAAUGGUCGUUUUUCGUGGCUGCGUCCAACACCUAUCGUUUCGACAGCUGUCUGAAACCAUUUCCACCUAUGUACAUUAAAAACGAGUGCAAGGAUAUUGAGGCUUUGAGACGAGCCAUAGAAUUAGUUCCUCCUUUGCCUGUGAUAUGUAAAGAACUCGGCAACGUCGGUGCUUAUGAGAAUUACGGUGAAGCGAUCGAUUUACUUUAUUGGGUACUGCUGAGACUGCGAGACCCGCACAUCAAGAGUGUGCAGAAAGAACAAUACGACUCGAUACUGAGAAAAGUGCCACAAGAGAUGCCGGCCACAUCGCCGAAUCUCAUAUUUCAAGUAGCAAGUACAAAGCAAUCGGCGGCGGAAGAAAAAUGGAAAUCCAGUGCCAAAGGUCAAUCGACGUUUUACGCGUAUCACGGCAGUCGUUUAGAAAAUUUUCACUCGAUCGUGCAUUACGGUUUGCAGCAGAAUAUGUGCAAAAGAUCGGAGUUUGGGAAAGGUAUAUACUUCUCGAGCGAAUUAGGUGUGAGCUUGCCUUACAGCCCGGUUGGUUACGGAUGGGGAGGUAGUCUGCUUGGAAGCGAGAUAAGCUGCAUAGCUCUGUGCGAAAUUAUCAAUCAUUCCGGAAUAAAGAAAGAAGACUCGAGAAGUGUCGCACAGAACACGUUGAACGAUUCGGUCAAUGGAAAAAUACCGGACAAGUACUUUGUAGUGACAAACAGCGAGUUGGUGAAGUUACGCUAUCUGUUGGUCUAUACUCAAGAUCUUCAAAUAACUAGCACUAUCGAAAGUUCGGGAUUGCUGGCGUGGUUUAAGCAACAUAAGCUGCUGACGUUCAUGUAUGUGAGUCAGGAAAAUAAUAUAAAAAACGUGAAAUCUGUGGUUCCUAAGCCGGAUAAAACAAAACGACCGGCGUUGGGUGAGAUAAGCAACAAAGUUAAUACAAUGAGGGGUGUCGAACCUUUGGAUAGGACUAGUUUGUUGCAAAACAAUACGAAGAAAGUUGGAAAGAUGCAGAAAAAAUUGCCAGUUAAAGCGAAAGAAAAAGCGGAAAUUGAAAAACCGGUUCAAGUGGUAAAGCCAGUUCAAGCAUCGACCAAGACAACGACAACAACAACGACAACAACAACUAGUAAAUCAGAAUCGAGUGAAUCUUCUAAUACAAAUCGUAUAGUUAAAACAACCAUUGUAGUGGGAGCUCCAUUUAAUCAAAAGAGAGAAAAUAGAAAAUCAUUUUCGACGGACCUAUUGAAGUUUGAGGAUAUUGACCAGAAAGACAACAACGACCCUAUUCUAGUUUCUUUUUAUGUCAAUGACAUACACGAGUAUUUAAGACAGUUAGAAAAACAAUUUCCUGUUAAGCAAGGAUACUUGGCAGGUCAGGAAGUCACUCCUAAGAUGAGAAGUGUACUGGUAGACUGGCUGGUAGACGUACAUCAACAGUUUCGAUUGAUGCAGGAGACGUUGUAUCUCACUGUCGCGAUUGUAGAUCGCUUCUUGCAGUCUUAUCGAACAAUAGAUAGAGAAGCAUUACAGCUGGUAGGUGUGACAGCUAUGUUUAUCGCCAGCAAAUACGAAGAAAUGUAUUCGCCCGACAUAAGCGACUUUGUAUAUAUUACGGACCAGGCCUAUACGAAAUCGGACAUAUUGAGAAUGGAAAUGCUCAUUGUGAAAGUCCUCGACUAUUCGUUUGGCCGACCACUGCCGAUACAUUUUCUUCGAAGAUACAGCAAGGCCGGAAAGGCGCAUCCUUUACAUCAUACAAUGGCCAAGUAUUUCCUAGAAGAGUGUCUGAUCUGCUACGAAAUGUGCCAUUAUCCGCCUAGUCUCAUUGCCGCAGCAGCGUUAUAUUUAGCAUUUUUAAUUAUUGGUAAUGAGGAAGAAGAUGAAGGUAAAGUGAUCUGGACAGAUACUCUAAUAUAUUACAGCACCUAUAAAAAAGACGAUGUAUUACCUGCGGUACGUGAAAUAGCUGGCAUGGUAGUUAAAGCGGAAGAAAGCAAGUAUCAGGCCGUAAGAAAGAAGUACGUUCAAGUGAAGCAUAUGAAAGUUAGUAUCCGGCCUGAGCUCAAGUCGCCGGUUAUGCUUGCACUUGCUACAAAAAGUAACGAGACAUAAGAUUGUAACAAAAUAGAAUACAUAACUUAUUUUUGACAUACAAUUGUAAUUUUUUUGAGACAUUUUCAAUAAGGCAUUUGCUGCGCUAAAAAUAUCCUGUCGGGGGAACAUAUCGAGU